GUCAAUCAAAAGUGAUUGUCAACAAAAUCACUGGGCAGCUUCUUUGUAUUGUUUUCUUUUGAUUUGAUAAAUAAAUAAAGUUCCCAGCUGACAAUGGCCCAUAUACAAUUUGUUGAUGAAUUAGUCCGAGAAUAUCUACUUUACCGAGGAUUUACAUCAACAGUGAAAGCGUUUGACAAUGAUUUGAAGGCUGAUAAAGACAAAGGUUUUAGGGUUGAUAAAAUAGUUGAACAAAUUGUGCAUUAUAUUAAUGUUUCCGACCUGAACGGAUUUAAGGACUAUUGGUCGCACCUUGACACUCUUGUAUUCUCGAAAUUGGAGAUCCAUGUUCAACCUGCCGUGCGCAAACUGGAAUACAGUCUAUACAAGUUAUAUUUAGUGACAGCAGCGCAGAGCACCGGUGGCGCACGAAAUGAGAGGAUCACAGACUUCUUAUCUAAAAUGUUACCUGAGCUCCAAGGACAGAAUGAGUGGAGAGACUGGUUCAUGCUGCCAUUCAUCCAGAAACCAGAAGAGAACCCAUCAUUCAGCCUGUAUUUCACAAGAGCAUGGCAGGACAGUGUGCUGGUGUCGCUACACAACCUCCUGGCCACUGUGUUCCAGUGCAUGCCGCAGCCCACACUGACCAGCUAUGAAAGUGAUGCCGCCAUGGUGAAGAGACUCCAAGACAAACUGGCUGCUGUGUCUGGGAAGAGUCAGCCACAACAAACAGAGAAGACGUCGCCAAUAGGUCAUCAGUCGCGACUGUCUCAGUACUCAGAGCGACUCAGUGGCCCGUUACCAUUGGUGGAUGACUUCUGCGCCGUGCCUUCAGAACAACUGGAGAGUGGGGUCCGAGAAGCCAAGGGCCUUCGAGGCUUGCUACGACAAAUGGGAGGCAGCCCCGUAAUGGGCAGGAAAGCCAGUCGAUCUCACAGCCAAAACUAACUUGUAUAGUUCCUGUAUGUGUACCUAUAUCUGUAAAUACAUUCCUGUUAUUUUAUUGUGUGAGAGUACUAUAUGUUAUUUUAUGUUACAAAUAUAAUAUAAUGUUAAGCUUUA